AUGCCGCGCGUCCCGCCGCCCCGUUUCGCCUCCGCGCCCGCCGAUCCGACACCGACCCCCCGUCCCCUUUUUUCGCCCCGCUCCUCCGACGCGAUUUCCCGUUCACGCUCCCCCGAUUUUCUGCGUCCGCCGGCAGUCGCGCACCUGAUCCGCGUCCGCGCACUCGUUGUCGACGAUAGAGUUCCCGGAUCCGCCGAUCCCCGUCCCGCUUCCGCGCCCUCCCCGCUUCCCUUUCCACCGACAUCGAUCGCCGCCGACCCGACGAUCGUCGAUUUAGGUCCCCCACGGCCCGCUCCGUGA